AUGGCCACCUCGAUCACCGCACAUGUCAGCAAUUACGGGGAGAAAUAUGGCGACCCAAGCCAUACGAUGAGAGCCUUGACAUGGCAAGGGAACCGUACAGUUAAAGUUGUAGAGACAGCCAGCCCAAAGGUCAUUGAUCCUGGUGAUGCCAUAGUUAAGGUCACAGGCAGCACUAUUUGUGGGAGUGACCUGCAUCUGUACCACGGGGCCAUCCCUGAGCUGCAGAAAGGUGACAUCCUCGGCCAUGAGUUCUGCGGUAUUGUCGUUAGUGUGGGUCCGGGCGUCCAGAAGGUUAAAGUGGGCGAUCGCGUUGUAGCGUCGUUCCAAAUUGCCUGUGGACAGUGUUAUUACUGCAAGCAGGGGUUGGCCACAAUGUGUGAGCGGACCAAUACGGGGGAGAGUGCCACGAAGCUGUAUGGGAAACGAACAUCCGGCUUCUUUGGAUACUCCCACUUCACUGGGGGCUUUGCUGGUGGGCAGGCGGAAUAUGUUCGCGUCCCUUAUGGCGAUGUGAACCUCCUUCACUUGCCUGAUGAUGUUCCUGAUGAAAAAGGGCUCUAUCUUUCUGAUGUGCUGGGAACAUCUUGGAAUGCCGUUGUCGACACUGGGGUUAAGAAGGAUGACACUGUGGCAAUCUGGGGUGCUGGCCCAGUUGGACAAAUGGCAGCUGAAUUUAGCUUCUUCCAUGGUGCUAAGAGGGUUAUUCUCAUUGACGGCGGCCAGGGAAAAUGGCGACUAGACUUUAUCAAGAAGAUUCUCCCCAAGCUGGAGACAAUUGACUUUACAAACCUCUCAAAGGGUGAAUCUGUUCCCUCAACGCUGAAGAAAAUGUGCGACGGCCACGGACCUGAUGUGGCAAUUGAGUGUGCUGCUGGUGAGUAUGAAAAAGGAUGGGCCCAUUACUUUCAGAGAUUACUGGGCAUGGAAACGGAUACAUCUGAACUGGUCAAUGAAAUGCUUAUGUCUGUCCGUGGCUUUGGACGCUGUGGUAUCACAGGCGUUUAUGCAGGUUAUUGUAAUCACUUCAACAUCGGUGCCUUAAUGGAGACUGGGAUCAAGCUCCAUGGCAAUGGACAAGCUCCUGUACAAAAAUACUGGAAAGAACUGUUGAAGUACAUUCAGGAGGACAAGAUACACCCUCUGGAUAUGGUCACCCACCGGUACAAGCUCGAGGACAUGGAGAGAGUUUAUGAUUUAUUCGAUAAGCGUGACCCAGGUAUGCAGAAGGUUUUCAUCCAGACAAAAUUUUCUGCACCUCCAUCACCAGGAUCACCCCCAUUAACUGUGCUCUGA